UUGAAACACAUCCGCUCAGUGUGUUUCCGCCGGGCUUUAUGAGCGCGUCUGAUUUCUGUCUAGUAGCCGUGUUGUUUUAUGUGUCAUGGCGAACAGAACAGUUAAAGAUGCAAACAGCAUACACGGAACUAAUCCGCAAUAUCUGGUGGAGAAAAUCACACGGACGCGAAUCUACGAGUCUAAAUACUGGAAAGAAGAAUGUUUCGGGCUUACAGCCGAGCUGGUUGUGGACAAAGCCAUGGAGCUGAAAUACGUCGGCGGCGUCUUCGGGGGCAACAUCAAACCCACACCAUUCUUAUGUCUCACACUGAAGAUGCUCCAGAUUCAGCCGGAGAAAGACAUCAUCGUAGAAUUCAUCAAGAACGAAGAUUUCAAAUAUGUCCGCCUGCUUGGAGCCAUGUACAUGCGUCUGACGGGGACCGCAGUGGACUGCUAUAAGUAUCUGGAGCCGUUGUACAAUGACUACAGAAAGAUAAAAAGCCAGAACAGAGACGGAGAGUUCGAGCUGAUGCACGUGGACGAGUUCAUCGACGAGCUGCUUCAUGCCGAGCGCAUGUGUGACAUCAUUCUGCCCAGGCUUCAGAAGAGGCAGGUUCUGGAGGAGGCUGAGCUGCUCGAUACACGUAUCAGUGCCCUGGAAGAAGACUUGGAUGAGGUGGAGUCCAGUGAAGAAGAGGAGGAAGAGGAGGAGGAGAAGCCGGAGCGAGUGCAGGCUCCCGAGCCGCACAGACGGAGUUACAGAGACUUGGACAGACCACGCAGAUCUCCAUCUCCUCGCUACAGACGAAGCCGCUCGCCCAGAAGACGAAGUAGAUCGCCGAAGAGACGAAGUCCUUCUCCCAGACGUGAGCGAGAACGUGAGCGUGAUCGGCACCGCAGUAAGAGUCCACGCAGACACCGCAGCAGAUCCAGAGACCGACGACACCGCUCCAAGUCUCCAGGUCAUCACCGAAGCCACAGGCACCGCAGUCAUUCAAAAUCACCAGAGAGUCGCUCGAAGAAGAGUCACAAGUCUAAGAGGAAAUGAAUAUUAUGAGUUGUUUUUUUUUCUUUUUUAAAUAAAAUUUCCUUUUUUUUAUUGUCUGUCAGUAAUGUUAAAAAAGUGUUCUUGUUAAUUUUCUCACUAGAUCAUUAAAUCCCCAAACGUUUUUGAAGCUA